GCCCGAGCGUCUGCGCGGCUGCAGCUGCUCUCACCCGGGCCGGACGGAGCGGGCAGCGGGCACCAUGGAGCCCCCCUCGGCCUCUCCCCGAGCAGGGCGCGGCCCCUGGCAGGAGCUCCUGCUGGCAGUCUCACUCUUAAUCUCCUGGAAUCCGCCCACCACUGCCCAAGUCACUGUGGAGUCCAUGCCUCCCAAUGCUGCUGAAGGAAAGGACGCUCUUCUGCGGGUCCUCAAUAUGCCUGGAGAUACAGCAGGCCUUGCCUGGUUCAAGGGGGAAACUGUAUUGCCGACCCAUAAAAUUCUAUUAUAUGUAAUAGACACCAAAGUCACUACCCCGGGGCCUGCAUACAGUGGCAGAGAGACUAUAUACCCCAAUGGAUCCUUGCUGUUCCAGAACAUCACCCUGAACAACACUGGAUCCUACAUCCUACAAAUCAUAAACAGAAAAUUUGAAACUGCACUAGUACCUGGACAGCUCCGAGUAUUCCAGCCAGUGUCCCAACCCCUUCUCACUGCCAGCAGCACCACAGUCACAGAAGAUGACUCUGUGGUCCUGACCUGCUCCUCAAGUAACACCAGGAUCUCUAUCCAGUGGUUCCUCAAUGACCACAUUCUAAUGCUCACGGAUAGGAUGAAGCUGUCCCAGGACAACAGCACCCUCACCAUAGAUCCUGUCAGGAAGGAGGAUGCCGGGAAAUAUGAGUGUGAGGUCUCCAAUCCGGUCAGUUUCCGCAAAAGUGACGCUGUCAGGCUGGAUGUGGAAGAGCCAGUGGACCAGCCCUCUCUCCAGGCCAGAAAUGCCAUAGACAUAGAACAUAAUGCCAAUGCUAUAGAACAGGAAGACUCUGUGGUCCUGAUAUGCUCCACAAAUAACACUGGUUCCAUCCAGUGGUUCUUCAAUGGGCAGAAUCUAAAGCUCAUAGAGUUGAUGGAGCUGUCCCGGGUGAACAGCACCCUGACCAUAAGCCCUGUCAGGAGGGAGGAUGCUGGGAAUUACCAGUAUGAGCUGGUUAGUUCCAGCUAAAGUGAUCCCCUCAGUCUGGAUCUUAAGGCUAAAAGAAACAGCACAGGCCUCCCUUUGGGGUCCAUCAUUGGCAUUGCACUCGGGGUUCUGCUCGGACUAGCACUCGUGGCUGCCCCAGGGUGUCUCCUGCUCCGCACAAGGAGUGGAAGGGUCAGUGCCUGUCGUGAUCUCAAAGAUCUCCGGAUCCCAGCAUCCACCCCCGGCCAUGGUCCAGCCAGCAGGUGCACAUACCCGGACUCCCUGCCCAGCUCCACAGCAGCAGUUCCAAUCUACCAGGAAUUACAACACCCUGACAAAAACAUUUACUGCCAGAUCAACCACAAAGCAGAAGUGGCUUCCUAA